AUGAAUGCAUUGAAAGAAACUAUACUCCGACUAACCAAGCCAGUGCCUGGACAUGUCCUACGACCUAAUACACACCCACCGGCACCAUUACCACGAAAAGCGAGUCAUACUGGCACCACUACAACUGCACUAUCGACUAGGAGCCAAAACACAAUCACAUUCGCCAAUGAGGCGCCAUCGAUACCGUAUCCCAUCACGUAUCGUAGAUUGCCCUAUCAGCAACUAUUUCGAGAGUUUCUUGAGCCUUUGGAUAUGCCCAAUUUGAAAACAUUCAACCAGGAGCAAUAUGUGUCUCACCACCACCAGCUGAAUAGACAACAAAACCACCAUGAUAAAUACGACGUUGCUGAUGCCAAACAUAAUUGGACUAAACGCAAAUCAACCAAUACCCAAGAUCAAUUAGAAGUAUAUUUCGAAAACCGCCAAAUAUUCCACAAGAUGCUUCGGUUUUUAGUUGACAUUACACCACCACAUUUGAAACACGUUCAAAGUGAAACUUAUAAACGUCACAUACUAACUCAAGAAUUGAACUCUCAACUAUAUUCAUCGAAUAAACUACACAAUUAUGGUGCCAUACCCAACUUGCCACAACCAUUAACGCAACAAAAUUUCACCAAUUAUAUUCAUGACUUGGUGCAUGUACUUCACCACUGGCAACGCGCCUCCAAAUUAUCAGGAAUUGUACCGCAAAUCCUUCUUGAUUCGCAUAACUUGUCGAAUUACAAGAUGGCCCCAUUCCGAUCAACAACAACCUACAACCAUCUUAUGCACUACUUUGGCGUACUCAAAAACCAAUCGUUCUUGGCACGAGCUCUCAUUGUAUGCAUGAACCGCGAUGGCCAUGGCAUAAACACCCACACGAUCAAUGUCAUGAUAGAUAUAGUUCGCCAACAAUCGCGAAUACGAUCACGCGCCAAUUCGUUGGCCUUGGUUUUAAAGUACUUGCAUUUGGCCAAUGAUGCCGGAGUUGAAAUCAAUUUGACGACGUGGUCGCGAACUUAUGAUAUUGUGAUUUCGCCAUAUUUGAAACAACAGUUUCUUGAGGAGAUGGAACAUCAAAAGAUUCCCAUACCUGAUGCAUUGUAUAGAAAGAUGAUUAGAGAUUUAGACCGCAUGUAA